AUGAUGGGAAAUGGGAGGCUAUUCAAAGGCUUCAACGACGCUGAUGUAUGGGUGCUUGAGCGUCGUAGUAGAGUUAGGAAGAGUAUUAUGGCGCAUGAGGAGUGGCUUGAGGAGUAUAUCAGUUCGUUUCGAGAUCUUGAGGACGUCUUAGCGAUAGAUGUAGAAGCUGAACUAGAGGCGUAUGGGAGGGGCGAGGAGGUGCUGACCGCUGAGGAGGUCAAGAGAGUUGUCAGUGAGAAGCUACGUCGAAGAGAGGAAGUCUUGGUGAGAAUACCGGGACGUUCAGUGAGGUGUGGUAUGUUUAAAAUUGAAUUCGGGGACAUCGCGCGGGAUCUGGCUGCGAGGCUUUUUGAGGUGGCGGAGGGGAUAUUGAGGAUUGAGGCGGAGCGAUUAGAGGAGAGGAUGAAUUCUGAAGUGCUGCCGAAGUUUGAACGUUUUAAGGAAAGGCUUGAGUGUAAAAUUCCGGAUAUUGAAACUGUGUCGGAAAUAUCGGAAUUUUUGACCCACUUACCGGUUGAGGUUGGUAAAGUGCAGAAGGAAAUUGAGGAGUGUGUUGAGAUGUAUGAGGCGUUGGAGACUUUUGGGACGGUUUAUGAACUUGAUGAAAAUGCCUUACAUGAGCGGUGGAAAAUGUACGGCCGACCUAGGGAAAUUAUGUCGCUCGCCACGAAAUUAUCUGAGAAACUUGUGGUAUAUCGAGAGAAGUUCCUCAAGAAGCAGAUGUCGGGACAAGAAGCAUUCGAGAAGGUGAUUGAGAGUCUUGAGGAAGAAGUUGCGGCAUUUUCAGCACAUGAUGAACUCUCCGAAGUGGAGAAGGUCUCAGCACUUCUAGAGGACCUACAGGGUCGGCUUGAGAAUGCGGUCAGUGAAGCAAAGGUAUUUAAUAGUAGGGAGACUCUUUUUAAUAGGGAUGCUACGGAUUACUCGAAGCUUGGGAAGAUAUGCAGGUGA